AUGGUCUCAAUGGCAGAACCUGGACUGUUUAUUGGAGAGUGGUUCAUUAUUGCAUUGGCCUCAAAUGUGACAUCUAAGAUUGAGGAAGGAGGUAGCUUGAAGAUUUUUAUAAAAAAUAUGAAUAAACAUGAUGAUGAUGGAAUUAAUGAUUUCUCUCUUCAAAGUAUGGACUCUAAAAAUGCUAUGUUUGUCUUGUAUAAUAUCAAUAAUAAGGAGGUGAUCGUUUGGGCAGAACUCUUUGGCUGGACUCCAGACCUGCCAGAUGAAAUAAAGAAGAAAUUUGAGGAAAUGUGUGAAAGAUUUGGAAUUAGGAAGGAUCAAAUUAGAGAUUUGUCCAAUGAUGAUCGAUGA